UACAGUGGACCGGCAUGCAUUCCAUUUUGAGCACGUUGAAGAGCAAUUUAGAUAAACUGAACCGAGAAAAUAAAAAUUUACGCCAAGCAUCCACAGAUAAAGAAGAACAAUGGCGAAGGUAAAUAUUUUGCUGUGCUGCGCGUUCUUCGUUUUACUCAAAAAACUCUAUUCUAGUAUGAUUCAACCUACAGCACAAUCUGCGCCAAAAAUGCUCGAUACUUUAAGCGCCCCGUUUCCUACCGAGGAGCACCCCGUGGUAGAUGAUCUACCUCCCCUCAAAUUGCCCACGUAUAUAAGCAAUGAAACCAAGAAACAUGUCAUGCAGCGCGUCGACAAAUAUCUCGCAUUACACUAUUCCAAGAAGCGCCAACGUGAAUUGGAAAACGAGGGUGACAAGGAUAUUGCAAAGAAACUCAAAACAACCGAAAGGGAAACACCGAUUUCUGCAGUAAGAUCGAUACCUACAACUCCAGCAAAAGCGACGCCGCCACCUAUGACGACAUUUCAAAGUCCAAGACGACGUUCUACUCUUUCUAACACUCCUACGGCUCGGACAUCUGUUACCGAACGGCCACUGCAACCACCAUCACCAUCACCUUUACGACGUUCAAUGACUCCACGAUUACACGCUGCCAGCUCUCCAUUCUCAUACAUUUCAGAAAAAGUCUCACCUUUAUCCAGCUCCUUCCCUGACUAUUGCGAGCAAGUAGUCAAUCAAAUGAUGGAGCAGUUUCAAGAACAACGAACACCUGACAACAUUGGAAUACUGUCUCCGAUCGAUAAUCGUUCCGUCGUCAGUGGAAGGCUCUCCAUGAUUUCUCAAUCGAAGAGUAUGCGCGCAACAAGUCCACACACACGAAAACUUUCAGUGUUUUCUCGAACUGAAGGCCCGACCCCGUACAUCAAAGAAAGCAAAGGACGUAAAGCCGAUACACCAGAAUCAUCACUAUGGGACUAUUAUGAAAGCAAGGGAGGGACUAAUGUUUACCAAAAUAGUCCAUCCUUACGUCCAACUCGUCCCUCGCCUGCGAUUUCGCGUCGUGCACGCACAUCUUUUGUGGAUACAGAGCAAUUAGCUUCUCCUUCAGGUGUGAGUCCAGCAGCAAGCUCUCUCUAUGCAUACCGCGAAGCCAUAGAAGAACAAGACAACGCUGGACCGGGAUUACUGGAUGAAACCGAACCCGACAUGUUCUAUACAAGUGAUUUUACGAUCCAGUCUUAAUUUAUUUGUUUACUGGUUAAACAGCUACUACUUAAUAUACCACCAUGGCUCAG